GUUGAACCAGUAGUUUCUGGAGUGACAGAAGCCAACGUUCCCGUUGUGUCUGCACUAACAGAGAGCCAGCCAUCGGUGGAGCAACCACAGUCGGCUGGAUUAGCAUCAGGGGUAGCACUAGACGAGUCACCAGCAAAACAAGAGAAGCCAGAAAAUGGAACUGUUGGAGUGAAGCAAUGCGAAAUGCAAAAAGAACAAAAAAGUAUGCCAGAGCAAGUAGCUGAAACAAUACAGCCUUUAUCUCAGUUUCCCAUCGAUUCAAGUACGUCGCUUGAAAGUACCAGUGGGCUUCCAGAGGGAAUUACUAGCAACUCAGCAACAGAAAAAAAAGUUGACUUUGAUUCGGUUUCAGCUGCAAAAACCGUGACGGAAAUCUCGGACGCUAGUGCAUCAGGUCGUUUGGCCGCACAAAAUGAACCAAAAGAAGAAACGCAAUCUGAACAAAAACAUGACCUUCUGCGCAGCGAUUCUUUCUGA